AGCUGUAAGGGAAGGUGCAGGUAGAUCAAGCAGGAGCGACAGUCGGUCACAACCUCCAUUUAGCUUCACAACCAGUAAUUAGAAAUGGGAAAGGAAAAGAUCCACAUCAACAUCGUGGUCAUUGGCCAUGUCGACUCCGGCAAGUCCACCUCCACCGGCCACCUGAUCUACAAGUGCGGAGGGAUCGACAAGAGAACCAUCGAGAAGUUUGAGAAGGAAGCUGCUGAGAUGGGCAAAGGCUCCUUCAAGUACGCCUGGGUGCUGGACAAACUGAAGGCCGAGCGUGAGCGUGGUAUCACCAUCGACAUCGCUCUGUGGAAGUUUGAGACCACCAAGUUCUAUGUGACCAUCAUCGAUGCCCCUGGACACAGAGACUUUAUCAAGAACAUGAUCACUGGUACCUCCCAGGCUGACUGCGGCGUGCUGAUCGUCGCGGCUAGUACUGGUGAGUUCGAGGCUGGUAUCUCCAAGAACGGCCAGACCCGUGAGCACGCCCUGCUGGCCUACACCCUUGGAGUAAAGCAGCUCAUCAUUGGAGUCAACAAGAUGGACAACACUGAACCCCCUUACAGUCAGGAGCGUUUCGAGGAAAUCCAAAAGGAAGUGAGCGCCUACAUCAAGAAGAUCGGCUUCAACGCCAAAGCUGUUCCCAUUGUCCCCAUCUCUGGAUGGCACGGAGACAACAUGCUGGAGGCCAGUGUCAAGAUGCCCUGGUUCAAGGGCUGGGAGAUUGAGCGUAAGGAGGGUAAAGCCAGCGGAACCACCCUGCUGGAGGCUCUUGAUGCCAUCCUGCCCCCUGCCCGCCCCACCGACAGGCCCCUCCGUCUGCCCCUGCAGGACGUCUACAAAAUUGGUGGUAUUGGAACUGUACCUGUUGGACGUGUUGAGACCGGUAUCCUGAAGCCCGGCAUGAUCGUCACCUUCGCUCCCAACAUCCUGACCACUGAGGUGAAGUCUGUGGAGAUGCACCACGAGGCUCUGCCUGAAGCUCUCCCCGGUGACAACGUCGGCUUCAACAUAAAGAACGUGUCCGUCAAGGAGAUCCGCCGUGGACACGUGGCCGGCAACAGCAAGAACGACCCACCAAAGGGUGCUCAGGACUUCAACGCCCAGGUCAUCAUCCUGAACCACCCAGGUGAGAUCCAUGCAGGUUACGCCCCCGUGCUCGAUUGCCACACCGCUCACAUUGCCUGUAAGUUCAGCGAGCUCAUCGAGAAGGUCGACCGUCGUUCUGGCAAGAAGCUUGAGGACGCCCCCAAGAUGGUCAAGUCUGGAGACGCCGCCAUCAUCAAACUGAUUCCAAACAAGCCCAUGGUUGUGGAGGCCUUCUCCGAAUGUCCUCCACUGGGUCGUUUUGCUGUGCGCGACAUGAGGCAGACCGUGGCCGUCGGUGUCAUCAAGUCCGUGACUAAAUCUGAUGUUACUGGAAAGACGACCAAAGCUGCACAGAAGGCGACUGCGAAGAAAUGAAUUCUCCUGCAGGACGUCCAACAAAAAGUCAAGCCUCGGCAGCCACCCCCUCUUCAUCCCAAAGCCGUCUUCUG